AUCUGAGGGAGAGGAGCGGGCACUUGAGUAGCACUGUAGCACAUGACAUGCACAUCUGGAUCUGGACUUGCCCUUCCAUUGACCUUAGCUUGUUCCUCCUCUGUUCUUGCUACACUCUAGCAAGGAAAGGAGAGCUACGUACCUAAGAGCCUUCCAGCAACGGCCACGGUUGCACCUCCAGCAGCAACCUCGGCCGGCUACGACUCCGCCGCCGCCAGGUGUAUAUGCCCGCUCCAUCGAUCUCCUCUUUUAAUUUGUUGCUUUGCUGCCUCGUAUGUGCUUGGCAAUCAUGGCCCUGACCGAUCCAGCCAUUUGCAUUUGCAGAGAGGCUCUGACGAAUGCGGAGGUGCUUCCCCCAACCCUGGCUUCCAAUUCCCAACCACCAAAUCUCUUGGAUGGCACAACAAGGCUUUACAUCUCCUACAUAUGCCCAUACGUGCAGAGAGUUUGGAUCGCUAGGAACUUCAAGGUACCCACCCACCCGGCUGAUCAUAUUUGGGACACACACCAUCUCCUUAUAUAUGCUACUCUGUAUUAUUGUUGCUCUUCCUUUCCAAUGCCUUGCCGUGCCGUGUUUAGGGCAGGCCGUGCCGGAGGAGAUGAGAUCAGUGAGCUAGUUGCGCCUGCUCUUGACAAGGUGGAGGAAGCCCUGGGGCGUUUCUCUGACGGGCCCUUCUUCCUGGGGCAGUCUAGGAGCGCGGUCGACAUGGUGUAUGCGCCCUUCGUCGAACGCUUCAAGGAUUUCUUCGCUGCAGUGAAGCAGUACGACAUGACACGAGGAAGGCCCUGGAUACAGGAGCUGAACAAGAUAGAUGCCUACGCAGCGACCUGGGGGGAUCGCCGUCUGCAGAUCGCCGCCAUGAUGAUCAAGUUCGGGGUAACAUGA